CUGGGAAUUGUAGUUUUUCCGCCUCGUCUUAGGCGACACCAAGGGGAGACGUUUACAGCUCCGAAUUUGGUGUCCAUAAAUGUAUUUGUAUUUUUAUUUCGUGACGACCACGGCACGCUGGCCGCAUCAAAGGCUUUUGUGUGCUUAAGUCCACCGUGAAAGUCGUACUCUCGCGUGGUUGACUAGACUUGUCAGACUCCCUCUCUUUCUCUCUUUCUCCCUCCUUGACAGUCAGGGCUGCCCCCCCCCCCCCCCCCUCUUCUUCACCACAUCAACCAGGGCGUUACUUGCAGCCGGACGACGCCGGGAAAUACACCCCCCUGGAGGCCACCUUUAUCUCCAAGUGGGCAGCCGUUCCUACCAAACGCGGACAUGAAUUGUUGAUUGGAUGAAAAUGAACAAACCAAAAAUGGCCUCAGAGAAGGGUGUUCCCAGUACCUCCAAAGUGCACAUACUACUGGCCCAACUGGAGAGGAUGACCGGCGACUCUAUGUUGAAGGAUCCCGAAGCGAGCCGGCAGAUCACCUCCAAGCUUCUUCACCUCAUACAGACGCAAGAGAAGACUGGAAGGGAGGUGAUGUCCAAAGGCACCAGCGGCAUGGAAGUUAUCCUGUCUUCACUCGAGAGCACCCGGGACUCCCAGACCAUCCUGAACAUCCUGUGCAUACUCAGUGAGCUGCUGACGUUGGGCAAAGGACGGCGGGUGGGAGCAUUUGUAUCAAAAGGGGGAACAGGCGUCUUACUCCGCAUUCUAAUCAGCGCCAGUAAAGAGGGUCACCCCAGCGAGGAGCUCAUGCUGCAGCUUCACUCCCUGCUGGCCAAGGUGGGCCUUAAAGACAGGAAGUUGGGAGUUAAGGCGCGUCUGAGCGGCGCCGUGAACGUCACCGUCAACCUGAUCAAGAAGAACCUGCAAAACAUCAAGCUGCUCCUGCCCUGUUUGCAGGUUCUCAGGGUUUACUCUGUCAACAUGGUUAACGCUAUAUCGCUGGGGAAAAGCGGCGCGAUCGAGCUCAUGUUUAAGAUUUUGGCGCCGUACAGCAAGAAGAACACCAGCCUGAUCAAGGUCACUGUAGAUGCACUGGCAGCGCUGCUCAAAUCCAAGACCAAUGCUCGGCGGGCGGUGGAAGCCGACUACGUGUCCACCCUGCUGUCACUCUACAUGGACUGGCAUCGACACGACACGUGGCAUCGUCACACUGUCGUACGCAAAGGGCUUCUGUGCUGCCUGCGCAACAUCACCAACAUCAGACUGGGCAGGAGAGCGUUCACCAACGCUGACGGCAUGCGGAUACUCUACAACUCAUCCAGUGAGUGCCUCACUGUGCGCACCCUGGAUCCUCUGGUGAACACUUCAAGUCUCAUCAUGAGGAAGUGCUUCCCCAAGAAUCGCCUGCCUCUGCCCACCAUCAAGUCCGCUUUCCAUCACCAGCUGACGCAUGUCCUGCCCUCAGGGCCUGUGGCGCAAUUAUACAGCCAACCUCCCGGAGUGGACGACGUGGUGGACGACAGCGACGACAACGAGGACAUGGAUGCAGACACGGAGAACGACACAGAGAACGAGGAGGACGAGAAGGAUCCUCGACCUGUGAACGAAGACAUCGAGAAGGACAUAAACAAGCUGCACCCCGAGAAGAGCCCGAGCCGACCUUUUGAAGAGUUAAAAGUCUACGAGAGGUUUUUCGUGGAGCUAACUGAGGACUUCCAGGGUCAUAACAUUGAUUGCUCCACCACUGCCUCAACCACAUCUUCAUCCUCCUCAGCCCGACCCUCUAGGCCGGUCAUCGUGCCCACAGCUCAGGCCCUCUCCCCGAAUCACGUGACCACACAGAACUCUCAGGUGCUGUGCCCACCUCACAAAGAACGAGACCCCCCGUCGCCUCCCUCCACCGCCACGGCUCCUCUUCCUCCUCCCGCUUUACAGCUGGACACCCUCCGCUUCAGCAAGGAGCUCAGCAAAAAAGAGGAGAUGCAGCAGGAGCUCUUACACGCGCUGGAAUGCGUCUCCGUUAAAGCCGAGGCGUUUUUAAACGCGGACAAGCACAAAGGAUCUUCCAUCACCACGCGAAAACCCAGCCAGUCUCCUCUGCUUUUAGAGGGCAUCGCGAUCCGCUGUUUGGCUGGAGGAGGAGGGUCAGACUGCGGGUCCGAGGGCACGGAGGACGAAGGCGCCGUCCUGGAGGUACCCGACACGGCCCAGCUUCUCCCGCUGCACGACUUGGACCUUUACGUGGAAAUGGUGAAGGGGACUCAUUCUGUCCCUCAGUACACUGAAGUGGCCUACCCAGACUACUUUGGACACGUGGCGCCCACGUUUAGGGAGCCCCUCCUGGAGAGAGUUUACGGCGUACAGAGGUCCAAGAUAUUCCAGGAUAUCGAGAGGUUGAUACACCCAAAUGAUAUCUUGGAUAAAUUACUUUAUGACCUUGAUGUUCCCAGUUGUCCCGUGAUUGAAAGCGAUGGCGAGUCGUUGAAGUUCAACUCUCAGUUUGAGUCCGGCAACCUCAGGAAGGCCAUUCAAGUCAGGAAGUACGAGUACGACCUGGUGCUGAAUUCGGACAUCAACAGCAACCACCACCACCAGUGGUUCUAUUUCGAGGUGAGCGGAAUGCGCGUUGGAACCAUGUACCGCUUCAACAUCAUCAAUUGUGAAAAGUCCAACAGUCAGUUCAACUACGGCAUGCAGGUGCUGAUGUACUCCGUUCAGGAGGCCAUCAGUGGCAGGCCUCGCUGGGUCAGGACAGGAACAGACAUCUGUUACUACAAGAACCAUUUUGCCAGGAGUUCUAUUGCAACAGGCGGCCAGAAAGGGAAGUCGUACUACACAAUGAGCUUCAGCACCAGCUUCAGCCAUAAGGAUGACGUCUGCUACUUUACCUACCAUUACCCGUACACGUACUCGUCUCUUAAGAUGCACCUGUUUAAGCUGGAGGCGAUGAGGACCCCCGAGAUCUACCUGAGACAGGACGUCCUGUGCGAGACGCUGGGUGGAAACAGCUGCCCGCUCCUCACCAUCACCGCCAUGCCGGAGUCCAACUCCAGCGACCACAUCUGUCAGUUUAGGAAUCGUCCAUUGAUCUUCCUGUCAGCCAGAGUGCACCCCGGAGAAACCAACGCCAGCUGGGUGAUGAAGGGCACGCUGGAGUUCCUUAUGGGCGCCAGCUCGCAGGCCGCCAGCCUGAGAGAGGCCUACAUCUUCAAGAUAGUGCCCAUGCUCAACCCUGACGGAGUCGUCAACGGAAAUGACCGCUGUUCAUUGAGCGGAGAAGACUUGAAUCGCCAAUGGCAAAACCCCGACGCUGAGCUCCACCCGACCAUCUACCACACCAAGAGCCUGCUGCAAUACCUCGCACACACGCAGAGAGCACCGCUGGUGUUCUGUGACUACCACGGCCAUUCCAGAAAGAAGAACGUAUUCAUGUACGGCUGCAGUGUGAAGGAAACAAUCUGGCAGUCUAACAUCAGCGCAGCUUCCACUGAAUUACAGGAGGACCUAGGAUACAGGGCCCUUCCAAAGAUCCUCUCCCAGAUCGCUCCGGCCUUCAGCAUGGGCAGCUGCAGCUUUGUGGUGGAGCGCUCCAAAGAGUCGACGGCACGCGUGGUUGUGUGGAGGGAGAUCGGCGUGCAGCGCAGCUACACCAUGGAGAGCACCGUCUGUGGCUGUGACCAAGGCAAAUAUAAGGGCUUUCAGAUUGGCACCAGGGAGCUGGAGGAGAUGGGAGCCCAGUUCUGCGUGGCCCUGCUGAGGCUGAAAAGAAUGACGGGUGUCCACAACCACCAACACCUGCUGGACCUGGAGAGCGACCUCAUCGGCACGCAGCCCAAAGUGGUCAGCAGCUGCUCCACAACCUACGUGAUGGACGAGGAUGAGCCGUCCUUCCUGGAGGCCGUGGACUACAGCGCCGAGAGCAACGACGAGGACGGCGAGGCCGACAGCGAGGCCGGCGCCAGCAGCAGAGACGUGUCGGGGACUCCCGACUCGUGUGCGGCGGUGCGACUGUUGGACUCGGAGAGUAGUAAGGAAGCCUGGAAAACUGGGCGCGUCGCCAACCAGUAACUUUUAUUUUAUUUGAUUCAUUGUUUUUUUUGUUUUUUUUUCCAUGCUAAGUUCCACGCACCCCUCAUCCCUUCCAGAAACUGCCCCCUCAACAUUUACUCACUCUGACGCUUCCUUUUGGGCCAAAAUCUCGCCAGGUUGCACCGUCCAAAAAAAAAGUCACACUUAUUUACAAAGUCAGUACAAACACAACAGGCUUUAGGACCCCUGCUGUUGUUUGCCUUUGCAUUUUUUUGCAUUUUCUUCCUCAUAUAUUGCUUUUUUUGCUCCAAUAUAGUAACGUGGUGGACAUAAGAGGAAGGGAAACAACCUACGUACAAAAAACGGCGCCCAUUAAAGGGGAACUUAAAAAAAAAAAGGUAUAUCAUUCACAAUCCUUAUAUUACACAUUUAUUGUUCUUUUUUUAUGCAUUCUAAAUCGUAAAUAAAUGCUAGCAAUAGGUGGAUAACAAUGCAGGUAAUGGGGAUUCGUUCUAUUCCAUGCUCUGAAAAAAAUUCCAAAAAACUCCCCAAGUUUUUCUAUACACGCUUAAAGUGUAUAUAAAAAUGUAGUAACAUUCAUGUUAACAUGUAAUAUUUACGUAUUUUGGCUCUUUUUAAGCAUGAUAAAUAUGAUAAUGAUAAAUGGGUUAUACUUGUAUAGCGCUUUUCUACCUUCAAGGUACUCAAAGCGCUUUGACAGUAUUUCCACAUUUACCCAUUCACACACACAUUCACACACUGAUGGCGGGAGCUGCCAUGCAAGGCGCUAACCAGCAGCCAUCAGAGGCAAAGGGUGAAGUGUCUUGCCCAAGGACACAACGGACGUGACUAGGAAGGUAGAAGGUGGGAAUUGAACCCCAGUAACCAGCAACACUCCGAUUACUAGCACAGCCACUCUACCAACUUCGCCACGCCGUCCCGAUAAGCAUGGAGCGGUGCAUUAAUUUCACAGACGCAUCACAACGUUCGCUUUUCCUUCAACGACACCACUACUCGGUACUACUUUAGGACAAAUGAUGAUCCGGAACCUUCAUUUUUUUGAGCCUGAAUAUAAUGAGCUACACGUUUUAGAAGCUGUGAGGAAGAUGCAGCUUUAGUGAAACACUAAGCAUCAGGUAGCAGUAUCGCUAAGUGCGAAACAAGAAAUACAAACUAUGGACUUAAUAAAACAAUUAGUGGCCUUGUGGUUAUAGUGUCCGCCCUGAGUUCAAACCCCGGCCGAGUCAUACCAAAGACUAUAAAAAUGGGGCCCAUUACCUCCCUGCUUGGCACUCAGCAUCAAGGGUUGGAAUUGGGGGUUAAAUCACCAAAAAAUGAUUCCCGGGCGUGGCCACCGCUGCUGCUCACUGCUCCCCUCACCUCCCAGGGGCUGAACAAGGGGAUGGGUCAAAUGCGGAGGACAAAUUUCACCACACCUAGUGUGUGUGUGUGACAAUCAUUGGUACUUGAAUCACUUACUGUGCAAUGUCUGCUCUCGCUGGGAUGCCGACUGACGGGAGAUUCGUAUCUUCCUGUUUAAAUGAAAAAUUAAAUAUAAUCUUCAAACGGGUAACGAAAAAAAAGGUGACAUACGAGCGACUUUUCGUUUACUUCUCGUAUAAGUUGAAUGCGAAAGUUGACCAACUUCUCGGUUUUUGCCACAACCUCCAGGUGAGAGGCGUGAUUUAUAAUAUAUAUUAUUAACUUUCACCAACUCGGAGCCAAUGCAGCAGCUCACCGGCUCAAUAUGUCAAUAUGGCAGCAUAAGUAUGUCAUUAUGUCAAUCAUUGUCAUCCCAUUGGGUUGAGUUUUUUCCUUGCCCUGAUGUGGGAUCUGAGCCGAGGAUGUCGUUGUGGCUCGUGCAGCCCUUUGAGACACUCGUGAUUCAGGGCUAUAUAAGUAAACAUUGAUUGAUGAUUGAUUGAAGCUAAUUAGCGCUAAAAAAAUAGCACUGAUAAUACCAAUAUUGCUAAUACUUGGUUAAUACUCACGUCAUGAGAUGUGAAUGGAGUAUUUUGGGCAGUUUUUGGAUGUUUUUUUUAGGAGGGCUCUAUGAAUGGGCAGAAUAGUGUGCUUCCAUUAGCUCCAUUGUCAGCCACCUCAUACUUGCCGUAUUGUACAACUUAGAACUAGAGAUGUCCGAUAAUAUCGGCCGAUAAAUGCUUUAAAAUGUGAUAUCGGAAAUUAUCGUUAUCGUUUUUUUUAUUAUCUGUAUUGUUUUUUGUUUUUUUUUAAGUAAAUCAACAUAACAAACACAAG